GAGGGCGGAAACCGGCAAUGAGAUGCUCUCUUGUGAUUUCGACGUAAAUGACACUUCCUCAUCAACAAAAUGGCCGUUUAAUUAGUCAACUGCACAAAACUAUGUUGACUUCAGGUCAUAUUAAGUGAAUGCUGCCUUAUGUUUACGAACAUGCUGCUGGUUCUUUGCGCUUUGAUAUGUUUUAUUACUAAAUGUUUCGGUACACUUUGUCUUAAAGAAUCUGUUCAAGUUGCGAACAAAUGUUACUGGUUGACACAAACAAACGGGUCAUGGUACACGGGAAAUUCAACUUGUUUCACAGAUGGCGGCCAACCGUCUUCAUUUAAUGAUACUGACACAUAUGAAACCGUUAUCACUGGUGUUGGUAUAAAUGGAAGUGCAGAAGAAGUAUGGUUAGGACUACACGGCUUUGAUUGUGUCAGAUGUUGGAACAAUUGCGUUGAAAGUAACCUGACGUUUUCAGACUUUAUGAGCGACUCCAUGAAUUGUAGUUGUUGGAAUGAUACCAGUGUUUUGGAAAUGAUACAAACGAAGAAUUUUGAUUGUUGGGAAAGAAAUCAAAAUAACACAAAGCUCCGGAUGCUUUGCGAAAUGUAUAUAGGUAGCAACGAGACAAUGACAGAAACAAGUUGGAAUCAAACCUAUACAAGUACAUCCGUUGAAGGCAUGAAUACCACAUGGCAUAUAGAAAACACCAGUGGGAGCAAUGCAUCAAUCCAAAAUGCUUCUUCGGCUGACAGACCUUUUGUUCACGCAACAAGCUUUCCUGAUAUUAUCCCUGAUAUUGAUGAAGGAUUAGUGGCUGGUAUGUCCUUACUUGUGAUCGGAACGUUUGCUUUCUGUAUAGUAAUCGUAGUCAUCAGACGAUGUUACAAGAGAAGACGACGAAAAAAUGAAGGCGUUGUUUAUGAAGAGGUUGAAGAUGUAGCUACGUCUUGUUCUAUUGAAGGAUCCAGCAAUAUCAAAGUUUUGGUUGCAAGAGCCAGAAAUAUAAACAAAUCAAGAAUUGAACAAAUUAAUGAAGAAUGGCUGAAGCAAGAUUCUAAGAUCAAAGAUGAAAGAAAUGUUAUGGAACAAUCUUCCCCAAACUCUGACAGAAGACCUUCGCUGCCAGAGCCAGACCGGAGACCAUUUUCGAAAGAGUCGAUUAAAAGUGUGAAAAGGAUAGUCAUUGAGGAUGAGGACGAUGAGUAUGCCACAGCUGAGCCCGAUGAGGACUUGUACAGCUUGGCUGACGGAGAGACAAAAAAUGAUAAUACACCUCAAAAUACAGCUAUAAAGCGACCAAGUAUGCGAAAAUUAAAAUUACAAAGAUCGUCUGCUUUUGAUGUAGAAGAUGAAGACCCGUACGCAGAUACACCAGAAGAUGAAUACGAUACAGUGAAUAGUCCUAGAGACCAUAAACCCAAAACCCAUAGUUAUGGACAAAACAGUUAUAGUGAAGAUGAGGAUCAUACUUAUGAACUAACAUAUGACCUAGAUUAUGAUGGGGUUAGAAACGCGAGACCUCAUAUCGAAGCUAUACACCGUUCUAAAUCGACACAAAGUCUUCGUGAGAAUUUAUCAACAACGGACUCAAUAGUAGAAAAUAGUCUUGAAGGGAAUAUAUAUAAUGAGAGUUUUGAUGGAGAUUAUGAUAUGUUGAACAAAACCAGGUUUCGUUUUACUAUCUCAAGUGAAAAUUACGACAGUGUGAUAUUACCAUGGGAAAGAGGAGAAAAACAAAGUGAAAAUGACGAAAUAAGGAAGCAAGAAAUUGAUGAUAUAGAUGUUCUUCAAAAACAUGAGCGUGCUCGGAGUAAUUUGUACUCAGACAUGGAUUCUUUAGUGCACCCUACUGACCCCAAUGCAAGUUCUAAUCAAACAUGUUGUGAUGAUAACACUAUUUCCUCCAAAUACACCGUGUCAAAUGACGAGCAGUCCAUGCAAGAGGUUAAUGGGAACAAGAAUAACCCCGAGAACUCAGAAACUGGAAAUGAUAUUGAGCUUACAAUUAUAGAUUUACUUCAACAACAUAAAACAGCCUCAAGUGAUUCUAUGGUUUCUUCGUCAGUUAAAUCCGAUGAAGGAAACUCUAGUGGUUCAAGUGAUUCAGACAUGAAAAACACACUUCAGCCGCUUAUAAGUGAUCAAUUGUCAAUUCAUGAAACCAAUCUUGAUGACGACAAUCAAAGUUUGAUUAUUCAAAAUAAGUGUUAUGAACACAAAAUGGGAAACGGCAAUAUUCCUGACAACAAGUCAGAACCCAAUGCACUCGAACUUGAAGUAUUUUAAAGUAGUGUUUGAUGAAAUCGGAUAUAAAAAAAAGAGUAAUAAAUAAAUUAAUUAGUUAAUAAAUGUAGAAAAUAC